AUGUGUUCGUCUUCAAUUCUUAUUUCACGUGGAAUUCAUAAUUUAACACUAUGGUCGUCAAUUCAUUUUAAUGAAGUAUCACCAUGUAUUCUUACAUUACCUUGUUUAAAUGACCAAUAUUUGACAGGAGAUGAUUUUGAUUUUCCUGAAAUUUGUCAAGAAAUUUCAAUAAAACAUUUACGAGAUAGCUCAAUCACUCGUUUUAGAAUGUUAGAUGAAAUCAAUACAUUAAUAACAUUAAAAAUGAAUGAAGAUAAUGGUUCUAUUGAAUAUCCCAAUGGUUUAAUAUGGGAUGAAGCAUCAGAAAGUAUUGAUGAAAUUAAAAAAAUGAUCCUCAAUCAGCAAGAAUAG